AUGGCCAAGAAAGCCACCAAGACCCUCGCGGCUUCCAAUGCCCAGCGCCUCAACCAGACCCUCUACAUCACCCUCGCCGUCCACGGCCUCUGGUGGCUCCUGCGUGCCCUCGUCUUCCGCGCCUCACUGUCACGCAAGUCAUUGAUCGUCUAUCUACUCCUCUCGGCUCCGCAACUGCUCAUCCAGCUGUACUUCGAACGCCUCUCUCGCCCUACCCUUGAUACCGAUGGCGCCGUCAAGCGACCUGGCGAAGACCUCGAUGCCAAGGGCCUGACUGAGUACAUGUGGGAUGUCGUCUAUUGGACGUAUGGCUGCAUUGUCAUGGCUGCCAUUGUGGGAGACUACGCCUGGCUCCUGUGGAUUGUGAUCCCCGUCUACAGUGCCUAUUCCGCUUACACCACCUACACUGGCAUGAGGGGUGGAUACCAGGAUGCAGCCGGUGUUCCCCAGCCGCAAGCAAGCAAGAGACAGGCCAAGAUGGAGAAGCGAGGUGGCCAGAAGAUGCAGUACCGGUGA